UCGCGACAAUGGUUAUUUUCUACAAAUCAUAAAGAUAUUGGAACUUUAUAUUUCAUUUUUGGAGCUUGAGCCGGAAUAGUAGGAACAUCUUUAAGAAUUUUAAUUCGAGCAGAAUUAGGUCAUCCAGGAGCAUUAAUUGGAGAUGAUCAAAUUUAUAAUGUAAUUGUUACUGCACAUGCUUUUAUUAUAAUUUUUUUUAUAGUAAUACCUAUUAUAAUUGGGGGGUUUGGAAAUUGAUUAGUGCCUUUAAUAUUAGGAGCUCCUGACAUAGCAUUCCCACGAAUAAAUAAUAUAAGAUUUUGAUUACUACCUCCUGCUCUUUCUUUAUUAUUAGUAAGAAGAAUAGUUGAAAACGGAGCUGGUACAGGUUGAACUGUUUACCCUCCUUUAUCUUCAGGUAUCGCUCAUGGUGGAGCUUCUGUAGAUUUAGCUAUUUUUUCUCUUCAUUUAGCUGGAAUUUCUUCAAUUUUAGGAGCUGUAAAUUUUAUUACGACUGUAAUUAAUAUACGAUCAACUGGAAUUACAUUAGACCGAAUACCUUUAUUUGUAUGAUCAGUAGUUAUUACUGCUUUAUUACUUUUACUAUCUUUACCAGUUCUUGCCGGAGCUAUUACUAUAUUAUUAACAGACCGAAAUUUAAAUACUUCUUUUUUUGAUCCAGCUGGAGGAGGAGAUCCUAUUUUGUACCAACAUUUAUUUUGAUUUUUUGGUCACCCUGAAGUUUAUAUUUUAAUUUUACCGGGAUUUGGAAUAAUUUCUCAUAUUAUUAGACAAGAAUCUGGUAAAAAGGAAACUUUCGGUUCUUUAGGAAUAAUCUAUGCUAUACUUGCUAUUGGAUUAUUAGGAUUUAUUGUUUGAGCUCAUCAUAUAUUUACAGUUGGAAUAGACGUUGAUACACGAGCUUAUUUUACUUCUGCUACUAUAAUUAUUGCGGUUCCUACAGGAAUUAAAAUUUUUAGAUGAUUAGCUACUUUACAUGGAACUCAACUUUCUUAUUCUCCAGCUAUUUUAUGAGCUUUAGGAUUUGUUUUUUUAUUCACAGUAGGAGGAUUAACAGGAGUUGUAUUAGCUAAUUCAUCAGUUGAUAUUAUUUUACAUGAUACUUAUUAUGUAGUAGCUCAUUUCCACUACGUUUUAUCAAUAGGAGCUGUAUUUGCUAUUAUAGCAGGUUUUAUUCACUGAUACCCAUUAUUUACUGGAUUGACAUUAAAUAAUAAAUGGUUAAAAAGUCAAUUUAUUAUUAUGUUUAUUGGAGUAAAUUUAACAUUUUUCCCCCAACAUUUUUUAGGAUUAGCAGGAAUACCUCGACGUUAUUCAGAUUACCCUGAUGCUUACACUACAUGAAAUGUUGUGUCUACUAUUGGGUCAACUAUUUCAUUAUUAGGAAUUUUAUUUUUUUUCUAUAUUAUUUGAGAAAGUUUAGUGUCUCAACGACAAGUAAUUUAUCCAAUUCAAUUAAAUUCAUCUAUUGAAUGAUAUCAAAAUACACCCCCAGCUGAACAUAGAUAUUCUGAAUUACCACUUUUAACAAAUUAA